AUGAACACAUUCGUUUCCUUCCUCGCACUCACUUGUGUUGCAAAUGCUGCGGUUCUUCCCCGCGACAGUCUCAAAAUUGUGAUUGGUAACGAUGAUGGGUGGGCGACGGCCAACAUUCGCACCUUUUACAACACGCUCAAAGGUGCUGGAUACAAUCCACUCAUCUCUGCACCGGCGAGCAACAAGUCUGGCUCUAGCGGUAUCGAGUUCCCGCCCAUUCCGCUCAUCACUGCUGGAGAGUUCAACACCAUACCUGCUGGUGCACCCGCUACUGGUGCUGAUCCCAAGGACAAGAACAUUUACUAUGUCAACUCGUUCCCGGCGACGGCGAUGAAGUAUGGUAUCGAAGAGUUUGCCCCCAAAGUCUUUGGUGGAAAGCCAGACUUUGCAGUCACGGGUGUCAACGUUGGAGAUAAUUUGGGCCUAAAGACGCAGUUCUCGGGUACCGUUGGUGCAGCGGCAAAAGCUAUCAGCUACGGCAUCCCCGCCAUCGCAUUUAGUGGCGUGGGUGGCACGCAGCACGUAUACACUGAAGCCGAUCCAGUAGCAGACGUUUACGCCCAGGUAGCCACGAAGCUAGUCAACGCCGUCAUUCAAUCCGGCGCGCCAUAUCUUCCUGCUGGCGUGGGCCUUAACGUCAAUAUUCCCGACGCGAAAGAUUGUCCCAAUGCCAGCGACUAUAAAUUUGUCCUCUCGCGUAUCAACACGGAUAUCAAUCCGCUCACGGACGACGUCAACCAGUGCUCGACGAACCAUCUCCCAACGGAGUCGGCUGUCAUUGAUGCUGGAGGAUGUAGAGUACCCGUGUCGGUGUUCAAGGGAACGACCAAAUUGGAUGUGGACAAGGAUACGCAGAAGCAGGUCCGCGAUCGUUUGGCUGGGCUUUUGACGUGCUUGUAG